AUGAUGAAAAAUUUAAGUGUUUUACCACCAUUCCAACUAUCACCAUUUCAACUAUCACCAUUUUCAGCAUAUCAACAUGCAGUACAACCAUCGACAUAUUAUGCAACAGCACCUCCAUUUUAUCACCAUCCAUAUACAACAUCAACAGCAUUAUUACAACAAUUGUUAAAUGCUCAAGAAAUUCAGUAUUCAACUACACAAGCACAGGCAUCGUUCACGACACCUGUUCCAUCAUCAGCACUUUUUACAACAGCUGUUCCAUCAUCACCACCUUCUACAAUAGUUGGUCCACCAUCACCACAUUCUACAAUAGUUGGUCCAUCAUCACCACUUUUUACAACAACUGCUUCGCCAUCACCACCUUCUAUAACAGCUUCUCUUUUAUCAUCACCUCUAUCAACAAUAUCAGCAAGAGGAGAACCUGCGCCAACGCCUCAAUCUCUACAAACACAAUCAGGUCACCAGAAUUAUUCACCCGGACCCCAAUUACAGUCACACCCUCCUCCUUCUCCUACUUCAACACUAGUAACCAUUAUUUCACCAGCGCAACAACAACAACAGAAGUCUCCAGCUCAACAUUUAUUAGCUCCUGGUCGACAUCCAUCAAUCAACUCUCAAUCAUCAACAACAUACCAAUAUGAUCCAUUAAUAACAGGACCGACUGUCCAAUUAAUUGAUCCAACAAAGCCGUACAAAAUUGAAGAUACGAUCCAAGUUGGAGGACGUGCUUUAAAAUCAGAUAUAUCCUCAAUGAAAUAUUGGCUUGAAGACGAUAUAACUAUUACAGAAACAGCAAGCAGAGGGCGCAUACUCAACAUGGGAGGAUAUUCAUAUUUCGCAAAAACUUAUGGAAAAAAUUUUACGAAAUGGGAAUGUGAACAUCGACGUCAUCAUCGAUGUUCUUUAAUAGUUAUUCGGUCAUCAGAUCCAACAGUAAAAAAUUAUUUUCGGAUUUAUUCAAUUCAAGGUGAACAUAUCCAUGAAUCCACACCGGAUAAUGUUGAAAUUCGUAGGUUUAAACACCGUGUACGUGAUCGUUGUCGUCAGAAGUUAUCUAGUCCACGAACAAUUUACGAAGACGAAUUGAUGAAAGGAAAAUAUUCAGCAGAAAUGUUAGCAGUUUUAUUAACAUUUUAUAACAUGCAAGCACAAUUGUAUCGUAUUCGUCAGGAACAUUUACUUACAUCACCAACAGAUCCAAACUUUGUGCUACACCCAAGAUUUACGACUACGGAUCAAAGAAACAGAUUUUUAUUGUACGAUUCUAAUGCUAUUCAAGUACCAUAUGCAUCAGCACCACCAGAAGUUGGUCGUUUACUAAUUUAUGCGAGCAAUUUACAGUUAGAUAUUUUAUCGAAAUCAAAACGCAUUGGAAGUGAUGGAACAUUUGAAACAGUUGCACAGAUUAGUCAUCAGAAUUACAUAAUAAUGGGUGAAAUUGAAGAAAAGCAUCCUGUACCAUUAAUUUUUUGUUUGUGUGAAUAUAAAAAUGAUGAAACUUACAAACUAAUCAUACAAAUAUUAAAAACAGCUGUUAUCAAUUUGAAUCUAGAUUUCAAGCCGCUGCCAAAUACACAAUUACUGGGAUGUGCAUUUCACUUUUCACAAGCAAUUUAUCGUAAUAUUCAAGGCAAAGGUCUACAAGAUGCAUAUCAAAAUGUGGAAGUGGUACGACAAAUUCUUCGUCAAACAAUGGCUUUAGCAUUUUUACCAAGUGAUCAAAUUACAAUAGUAUACUAUGAUGUCAUUAAACCACAAUUAAAUGAUGUUCCAGUAAAACUAACAUCUCUUCGUCAUAAUUUACGUGAUUUUUUCAAAUAUUUCGAAUCAUUUUGGUUGAGGAAAAUUAAUCAGUUUUGUGUAUUUGAUCAAUCAACACGUAUAAACAAUGGACUUGAGGGUAAUUAG